CGCUAGGUCUGAUGUAUGAACGAUUGAAAGGCGAAAUAUGGAUACACUUUCAGUUCUUUUUGGAUUUGCUUUUUGUACAGCAUACGGACUUGAAUUGACGACUGAUGAAAGCAAUUUGAUAGAAAACUCAACGGUGGGCGUGAAUUGCACAACAGACACAACACCAGAUAGUGCUUUACUGAUUAACACGCCUGGAAUCAUACCGUAUGCAAUCAUUGAUUAUGGUUCAGGGGAAUGUAUUGUCACGAUAUUUGAAACCUCAAUACUAUCAUAUUGUAACUGUGUCAGUAACAAAAUAUUUGCCUGUGUAAGCAAACGAUUAAAUCGAACGAUAAACGGUGAUCUUAUGCAAUGCAAGGUGUUGGGUGGAACCGCCAGCAAUUCUAUUCGAAUCCACAUAAAAGUGCCAGUUCAAUAUGCAAGCAUACCACGAGAUAUUCCCGACAAAUUAACAGUUGAUGAAAACAAGCUAGCGUCUCUUGUUUGUCAAGCAAAUGGUAUUCCCGCACCAAUCAUCACUUGGUUUUGGGAUAACUCCAUCCUUUCUACAUCAAUUGACGAUGUGCAGAUUGUUUAUAAUAUAAGUCAAGCCAUUAAGGGCGAAUCUGACAAGACGUUCACUGUAACGAGCAAUUUGAUUCUCAGAGUAAACAGGUCCCACAACAGAAAGGUGAUUUAUUGCCGAGCCAGAAAUUUUAACUCAGAACUUAAAACCAGUAGGAGGAUUCAACUAAAUGUAAGAUGUAAGUAA